AUGAGUAACGGUCUUAUCCUGGCUGGAUCUCCCUAUAAAAGCUGCUCCCGCGACUCCCGGAGCAGCGACGGCGUUGGCGCUGAUGUGAGCAGCAGGAGCAGCAGUACCAGCGCCUCUCCUGCUAUCAAAUCCACUAUCCCUCCAGCGAACGCGUCGAUAUCUUCUUCCUUCCUUGACACUUCACCACCUGCUACCCGUUCUGACACGCCUCCUCCUUCCCGCUCUUUCUUAAGCUUGCUUCCGUUCGCGUCCCUGGGUUCCAAGCGCCAGCAGCAGCAGCAGCAGCAGCAGCCGGCGUCUCCUGCCGGCGUGUCAGCAGUGGGAGGCUCGCUGCUUGAGUUGCUCGACGAGGGGUGGUUCUCUAGCAAUGUUGCCGCUUGGCCCCAUGAUUCCGAUUUAACCACAAUCCAGGAAGCUGUUAACGAGACAGAGGAUGCUGAUAACGGGGAUGCGCUUCCAGGGGUCCCGGAAACGGGGAGGGUUGCGUGUGCGCACGUGGAUUUAAACGCUCCAAGUUCCGCCAGCCACUUCCGCGAAGGUGCAGGCGGUGCGGCAGCGGAGUGUGCUUGCGCGUCGGCUGAUGACCGAACCAGCGGGGGUGCUUCGGCUAUGUCCGAACCGAGCGGUUGUUCCAGGUCUGGCAGUCCUGAGCCUGACCCUGAAGGCAGCUUCGGAAAGUACCGGCGCCGCCGCUGCCGGACAGGAAGCAAGCGGCGACCGAAGCGCAGCAGCAGCCUCGACGCGGCUCGCAUGUCGAGACGCGUGUCGAUGCCUCCGCAUCCCCCGCUACCGACAGAUGAAGAGCAGCGGGAUUCGAUAGAGACGCGAAGCAGCGACGGCGACUGCUACGAGCGCAUUGCUUCCCCUUACGCUUCGUCCGGCCGGGGGACGUACGCGGAGAGGCGGGGAAGCGGCGGAGAACAUUUCUCCGCGUUUCACCCCUCUCCCCCUUUCCACUGGUCCGCGCGGGGGCCGGGGGCGGGAGAAGCAGAGAAUGGAGCGGGUGGGGGGAGUUGCGGAAGCAGAAGCGCGGGGAAGCCGCGGUAUUUGCGCACGCGGAGUGUGUCGGAUUAUGACGCGGCGGAGUACGAGCGCAACAGCUCGCUGCGGCAAGGCGCAUAUGAGGCGGACGCGGAGGCGGAAGGGGGAGACGGGCUCCCCUUGACACCCUCCGCGCGCGCAAGAAGUCUGACAGAGGCUGACGUGGAGGAACUCCGGGGAUUCAUGGAUCUGGGAUUCAACUUCCGCCAGGCGGACAUGAGCGCGCGCAUGACCGCCACGCUGCCCGCGCUGCGCCUGUACCACGCCGUGGGGAGCGUGCAGCAGAGACUCAUCUCCCGCCACCAUCAUCCCGCCGCUCCCGCUACAGCCGCUGCUGCUACAGAUGAUGUUCACGGUGCCGCAAGCGGUGCUACUGGCGGUGCUGCUGCCGGUGGUGCGGACGGCAGUGUGGCAGUGGGGGUUGGCAGCGGCACCUCAUCGCCACGGAUCUCGUGCUCCCCCCGGGACCCGUUCAUUGUUGCUCGCUCGGCUGAACCUCAUGCCAUGCAGCGAGGCAGCUCCAUGCCAUCGUCCCCACGCCACAUCCCAUCCCUCAUCAGCACCAGCACCACCUGCGCUAGGAGCCAUAGCCAUGGGCACAGCCCGGAGCAUGAGCAGCAGGGGCAGAGGGGGGUGAGCGGCAGCUUGGAUGGGGAGUGGUCGUUUGCCAACCCACAGGACCCCCCCUCGGAUGUCAAGACGCACCUGAGGCUCUGGGCUCAGGCCGUUGCCAGCACUGUCAGACAGACGUGCUAA